CAGAGAGUGGGUCUUCCCUUGCCUUGCGAGCCUUGGGUUGGGGCUCCCUUUAUGCAUGGUGUGGGGUUGGUGUGAUCAGCUUUGCUGUCUGGAAGGCUUUAGGAGUUCACAGUAUUUGUGCGUUGGUCAAAAUUUGCCGUUUAAGACAGAUCUUCAUUUUAACAGAAGUCUGUCUCCCCACCUCUACUCAAGAAGUCCUUUUUAAUCCGGACUAUGGAUCACAGGCUUUCCUUUGGCCUGAGAGAGCAGUGAGGGAGUCUCGUGAUGAGCGUUCAGUAGGGCGAGCUCGCGGUCGGCCUCUUCCCCGUCGCCGGCAGCCUGGACUCCCCCAGUUUUGGCUCAUGGUGGUGACUGGUGUACACGCCGCAGAACCUUUCCAAAGAGAGCCCUCAAUGACAUACAGCAUACAACAGGAACCCCACUUUACAGAUGCAGAGAAACGGAGGAGGUGGCCAUCCGGAGCCGGGGCAUACGUACCGUAUUUUCCUCGGCAGGGAAACAGUUCAGAAAAUUUAACUCUAUUUUUAUGUGUAUUUGUUGGGAUUAUUUUUACUUGGCAUCUGUAGCAGAAAUAGAAAAUUAGUAAUCCCGGGGAUCUGGGUUGGCCCAUUAUACAUGUUAAAAAUUGCAGAGAAUUCACGUUUAUAGAACUUUACCUUCGGAAUUCAUUUGCUAGAGGAGCUAGGACUUCCCUGCAGGCCCUCGCGGGGCCCUGCGACCGGCCGCCUUGCGCAGCCGCAGUAGUAGCCUGCGGGAGGUGGGGCCCUUCCGCUGGCCACGAGCUCGCGCAGCCGCAGUAGUGGACGGCGGGAGGUGGGCUCGCGCGCAGCCGCAGCAGGGGGUGACGUCGGUGUCUAACCGCCCUCGCCGGCCGCCGGCCGCCAGCCGCCCUCGCGCCUCGAAGCUGGUCCGCCACUUCCCUCCUUUCUCUUCCUCCACCUCUCCUGUGAGUGGCCAUGAGCUGGGUUGUGAGAGCCCUGCGGGGCAGCCGGAGAGCGGGCGCCGCGAGAGUGAACCGCCUGCGUCCCCAGCGGCCGGCCGGCCUCUCACCCGCGGGCGCCUGGGCCGUCGUCCCCGCGUCCGAGAUGGCAACGGUCCGGGCCGAGCUUCUCAAGAAUGUCACUUCCGAGGAGGUCGUUCAUCACAACAAGGUCUCAGUUAUAGGAACCGGAUCGGUUGGCAUGGCCUGUGCUAUCAGCAUCCUGUUAAGGGGCUUGACCGAUGAACUUGCCCUUGUGGAUGUUAACGAAGACAAACUGAAGGCCGAGAUGAUGGAUCUUCAGCAUGGCAGCCCUUUUGUGAAAAUGCCGACUAUUGUGUCCAGCAAAGAUUACCUUGUCACUGCCAACUCCAGCCUCGUCGUCAUCACAGCAGGCGCACGCCAGGAAAAAGGGGAAACACGCCUUAACUUAGUCCAGCGAAAUGUGGCCAUCUUUAAAUUAAUUAUCUCCAAUAUUGUCCAGUAUAGCCCUCACUGCAAGCUGAUUGUUGUUUCCAAUCCGGUGGAUGUAUUAACUUACGUGGCCUGGAAGUUGAGUGAAUUUCCCCAGAACCGUAUUAUUGGAAGUGGUUGUAAUCUGGACACUGCCCGCUUUCGUUUCUUGAUUGGGCAGAAGCUUGGUAUCCACUCUGACAGUUGUCACGGAUGGGUCCUUGGAGAGCAUGGAGACACCAGUGUUCCUGUGUGGAGUGGAGUGAACAUCGCUGGUGUCCCUCUGAAGGAUCUGAACUCAGAUAUAGGAACUGAAAAAGAUCCUGAGCAGUGGAAAAAUGUCCACAAAGAUGUGAUUGCUAGUGCCUAUGAGAUUAUCAAAAUGAAAGGUUAUACUUCUUGGGCCAUUGGCCUGUCUGUAGCUGAUUUAACAGAAAGUAUUUUGAAGAAUCUUAGAAGAGUGCAUCCAGUUUCUACCAUAAUUAAGGGUCUCUAUGAAAUAAACGAAGAAGUAUUCCUCAGUGUUCCAUGUGUCUUGGGAGAGAAUGGUAUUGCAGACCUCAUAAAGAUAAAGCUGACCCCUGAAGAACAGGCUCGUCUGAAGAAGAGUGCAAAAACACUUUGGGAAAUUCAGAAGGAGCUCAACCUAUAAAGUUGUUUGAAACUACCUUUCUGAAGUUAUUGAUGAGAUAGUAGUUGUAGGGUUGUAUAUGUCAAAUGUUUUUUAUAAACUUUAUGUUUUAGAAUUUAGAAACAGGGAAGGAAGUAGAGUUACUCGUUUAUUUAGUGCCCCCCCCCCCAGCUUUUUUAUUUAACAUCCAGAUGUCAGGAUAAUUUUUUUCCCCACAGUUCCUAAGUGAUUGCAUCAAAGGAGUUGUUUUUGUAUCACUGAUGUACCAGUACUUGCUGUGUGUGUGUGUCUGGUUGCUAUUUGGUCCAAAAGAUUAUAGGAUAUAGGAGUUUAUUGUGUUACAGAAAUAAUUUUCAUCAAGUAUAUGUUCUUUCAUUCUGGCUGGCUUAUGCCUACUAUGUUCACUUAAUGUGUUUUUAAGACCUAACUUUCUCGACAAUGUAAAAAUAAAUGUAAAUGCAGAAGUAUUUUC